AUGAUUCAGAACGGAAUGGGUGAUAUACGCGACUGGAGACCGUUUGUGUACGGCGGCAUGGCAUCGAUAAUGGCCGAAUUCGGAACGUUUCCCAUCGAUACAACUAAAACACGUUUGCAAAUUCAAGGCCAAAAGACUGAUCGAUCACACAGCGAAUUGCGGUACCGCGGUAUGACGGAUGCGUUCGUGAAAAUUUCCCGCCAAGAAGGUGUAAAGGCGCUUUACUCCGGCAUAUGGCCGGCUGUGUUACGGCAGGCAACAUAUGGUACAAUCAAAUUCGGCACGUACUACACGCUCAAGAAGGUAGCAACCGAUCGGGGCCUGCUGCACGAUAAGGCGGGCAACGAGAACCUUUGGUGCAAUGCCGCCUGCGCAACGAUGGCUGGCGCGAUUUCGAGCGCAAUUGCUAAUCCGACGGACGUGCUUAAAGUGCGGAUGCAGGUACACGGCCGUGGCACCAGCGAUGUGGGGCUGGUACGAUGCUUCCGGGAAAUUUACGUGCACGAAGGUGUGCGUGGACUGUGGCGGGGCGUUGGUCCAACGGCACAGCGAGCCGCGGUGAUAGCGGCCGUCGAGCUACCGGUGUACGAUUUCUGUAAGCUGCAUCUGAUGGAAACGUUCGGCGAUCAGGUUGCAAAUCAUUUCAUAUCUAGUUUUAUAGCGAGCUUAGGAAGUGCGAUUGCUUCAACUCCAAUCGAUGUGAUAAGAACUCGUCUCAUGAAUCAACGGCGGGUGCACCAGCUUCAACAUAGCAUGACACCGGCGACAACUACCACCACAACCACAGCCGCACCACGGCUGUAUUAUACCGGUAGCCUCGACUGUGCGGUACAGACAGUAAGAAAUGAAGGAUUCCGUGCACUGUACAAAGGUUUCAUCCCGACCUGGGUGCGUAUGGGCCCGUGGAACAUCAUUUUCUUCAUCACCUACGAACAGCUGAAGCAGUUUUACUAA